GGGGUCAGUGACGUCAUGACUGCACCUUAAUAGAGUACCUACCACACAACAGGUGUUUUGCCAGCUGCAGCUGUAGCCAAGCCUUCCAGCUGGUGUAAGAACACUACCGGCAUUAAGAAUGGCAUUCCAACCAGUCACUAGCCAGCCAGGCUAUCCUUCUCAACAGGGAUACCCUCCUCAACAGGGAUAUCCUCCUCAACAGGGAUAUCCUCCUCAACAGGGAUAUCCUCCUCCUCAACAGGGAUAUCCUCCUCCUCAACAGGGAUACCCCCCUCCUCAACAGGGAUAUCCUCCUCCUCAACAGGGAUUCUCCCCACCACAGCAGGGAUAUCCCCCUCCUCAACAGGGAUACCCUCCCCAAGGCCAAUCAACAUGGAUGCCAGUCCCACAGGCACCACCUGGCUGUCCACCUGGCCUGGAGUACAUGACCCAGAUUGACCAGCUGCUGGUUAAACAGCAGGUGGAACUACUGGAAGGUAGACCUUCACUUGGAUUUGAGACUAACAACAAAUACAAGAUCAUGAAUUCCCAGGGCCAGAAGGUAUAUUUUGCUGCAGAAGACAAUGACUGCUGCUCACGACAAUGCUGUGGAAACAUACGAUCCUUUGAGAUGAAGAUAAUGGAUAACAGUCAGAAUGAAGUUAUCCACUUGAGUCGGCCGCUGCGCUGCAUGCACUGCAUGUGGGCCUGUUGUCUGCAGGAGCUGGAGGUGCAGUCCCCCCCAGGAACUACUGUCGGAUGGGUGAAACAGACCUGGCAUCCAUUCUUGCCCAAGUUUGUUGUCCAGAAUUCUGCUGGAGAAACUGUCCUCACCAUUGAGGGUCCAUGUCUGAAUUGUUCAUUCUGUGGAGAUGUGGAAUUCGAUAUAAUGACUGCUGAUGAAACCAGUAAAGUUGGCAAAAUUUCCAAGCAGUGGAGUGGGCUUGCCAGGGAAAUGUUCACAGAUGCAGACAACUUUGGAAUCCAGUUCCCAAUGGAUCUUGAUGUCAAGGUCAAAGCUUGCCUGCUUGGAGCAGUAUUUCUCAUUGACUUCAUGUUCUUCGAGCAAGUUGGGAAUCAGGAACAGCAGAACACAGUCUGGUGAACACCAACAUACCUGGCAUCGAAUCGAUGCACAUUGUGUUCAAACUUGUAAAAUUCACUAAAUGUACAUGUAUACAUCCUCAAAAAUGGCAGUUUAUGUCGCCCCCGCCAUUGUUCCGGUGUCCAAGUUCAUCCUUUUUUUAAUGAGAGGUCGAACUCUACAUUUCUGAUUUAGAUGUAUCUACAUGUAAAGCGUAUGGUUGGGGAUAAUGUUGACAACCGAUUUCUUAAACUUAUUUUUCCCCUUUAUUUCUGAUAAGGCCAUACCGUCUUAAUUUUAUGGAUGACAUCCUCUGAAGUCCCCCAAACUAGUGCGCGCGGGCGAUUAAAAUAAAAAUCCGGCCUAAAAUAAAAAUGCUACUAAACCACAGGAAUG